CGGAGGCCAGUUAGCAGCCCGCUCCCCGCCGCGUCCCGCCGCCGCUGGGGCCGCCAGCCCGCGGGUCAGCGCGGGAGAGGCUGGGCGAGGCACGGGGGAGGGACGGGUCCUUGGGGCCGCGCAGCUCCGACCCUUCCGCGAAGAGGCGCAGGCGCGUCCCCGAGCGCGGGAGUCCCCGUCAGGCCCACGCCGGCCGGUUGGGGCGAAGGGUGACCCCGGCUGCGCCAGCCUUGGGUUAGAUCCUCGCGCUGGAAGAUUCCUGUGCCCUCAGAUGGGCGCCCUUUCCUCUCCCUCCUCCCCCUCCUCCGGAGCGGGCCGAGCAAAGUAUCCAGAGAUAAAGUCCUUGAUGAAACCUGAUCCCAAUUUGAUAUGGAUUAUAAUUAUGAUGUUUCUCACCCAGUUGGCUGCAUUUUACAUAGUAAAAGACUUGGACUGGAAAUGGGUCAUAUUUGGGGCCUAUGUGUUUGGCAGUUGCAUUAACCACUCAAUGACUCUGGCUAUUCAUGAGAUUUCCCACAAUGCUGCCUUUGGCAACUGCAAAGCAAUGUGGAAUCGCUGGUUUGGAAUGUUUGCUAAUCUUCCUAUUGGGGUUCCAUAUUCAAUUUCCUUUAAGAGAUAUCACAUGGAUCAUCACCGGUACCUUGGAGCUGAUGGCGUCGAUGUAGAUAUUCCUACCGAUUUUGAGGGCUGGUUCUUCUGUACCACUUUCAGAAAGUUUAUAUGGGUUAUUCUUCAGCCUCUCUUCUAUGCCUUUCGACCUCUAUUCAUCAACCCCAAACCAAUUACUUAUUUGGAAGUUAUCAAUAUCGUGGCCCAGGUCACAUUUGACAUUUUAAUUUAUUACUUUUUGGGAAUUAAAUCCUUAGUCUACAUGUUGGCAGCAUCUUUACUUGGCCUGGGUUUGCACCCGAUUUCUGGACAUUUUAUAGCUGAGCAUUACAUGUUCUUAAAGGGUCACGAAACUUACUCAUAUUAUGGGCCUCUGAAUUUAUUUACCUUCAAUGUAGGUUAUCAUAAUGAACAUCAUGACUUCCCCAACAUUCCUGGAAAAAGCCUUCCACUGGUGAGGAAAAUAGCAGCUGAAUACUAUGACAACCUCCCCCACUACAAUUCCUGGAUAAAAGUACUGUAUGAUUUUGUGAUGGAUGAUACAAUAAGUCCCUACUCAAGAAUGAAGAGGCACCAAAAAGGAGAGAUGGUGCUGGAGUAGAUAUCAUUAGUGCCAAAGGGAUUCCUCUCCAAAACUUUAGAUGAUAAAGUGGAAGUUUUGCAUUAUUAAACUUGAGACCAGGGAUACUUAGAAGCUCCUCUGGCACAAUUUCAGAGUAAGAGGUCAGUGAUAUCAAGAAGUAAAUCUGGCUUUUCAACAGUCAGCCUGACUCUGUACUGCUCGGCUUCACUCACAGAAAACUUGUGACUUGUGUAUUAUCGUCAUUGAGAAUGUUUCACUCAUGUCUGUCAUUUUAUAAGCAUAUCAUUUUAAAAGCUUUUAAAAAGGUAUUUUGCCGGGCAUGGUGGCUCAUGCCUGUAAUCCCAGCACUUUGGGAGGCCAAGGUGGGUGGAUUACCUGAGGUCAGGAGUUCGAGACCAGCCUGGCCAACAUGGUGAAACCCCGUCUCUACUAAAAAUGCAAAAAUUAGCCGGGCAUGGCAGCACAUGCCUGUAAUCCCAGCUACAUGGGAGGCUGAGGUGGGAGAAUUCCUUGAACCCAGGAGGUGAAGGCAGAGGCUGCAGUGAGCCAAGAUCGUGCCACUGCACUCCAGCCUGGGCAACAGAGCAAGACCCCAUCUCAAAAAUAAAUAUAUAAAAUAAAAAGCUAUUUCUAGUUUAUUUCACUAUAAAGUUUUGCUUUAUUAAAAAGCUAAUAAACAGCUAUUAAUCACAGUGUGUUUGUAUUUGUUACAUUUUUGUAUUUCACUAUCUUUAUUACAUUUUUGUAUUUCACUAUCUUUAUAAUAUGGUAACCAGGGUACUGGGGGAACUUUAAAAUUUCAUCUCAAAAAUAAUUUUUAAAAAGCCUGAGGUAUGAUAUAGCAUAAAAGAUUGGAUGAAAAUAUAUUUCACCGUAAGCUGAAUUGCUCGUUUAAAAAUUUUAGCUAUCAUAUAUGAGACUCGAAUUAGACACUGUUGAAUCCUGUACAGCCUUACUCAUAAAUAAAGUACUUACUGAAUUUCCA